UCAAAUCUCUCUAGCUUUACUUAAACAACCAAGGCAUUUACUUCCCCAAAAUAAAUAAAUUUCUAAUUCUAGCUUUAUUUUAAUUGAACUUUAUAUAGCAUAUACAAAAUCAAAAUCAAAAUCAAAAUCAAUGGCUUCAAGAAUCUUCUUCUCACUUUGUUUGGUAUUGGCGUUUGCGCUUUUCACUGAAGCAAAAGAUCACCCUGUGGGAGGUACAUCAGAUGCUUGGAAAGUUCCUUCUCAACCAGAUUCUCUCAACAAAUGGGCUGAAAGAAGCAGGUUCCAAGUUGGUGAUAAUCUUGUGUGGAAGUAUGACAGCAAGAAAGACUCGGUGUUGCAAGUGACAAGGGAGGCAUACUUGAACUGCAACACGAGCAGCCCAAUAGCGGAGCACAAGGAAGGAGAAACCAAGGUACAAUUGGAGAAAUCAGGGGCAUACUACUUCAUCAGUGGAACACAGGCUAACUGUCAGAAGGGAGAGAAGGUGAUUGUGGUUGUUAUGGGAGCUCGAAGCAGGCGGUCUGGUGCUGAUUCUCCAGCUCUUGCUCCUUCUCCUUCUCCUUCUCCGAAUUCAGAAGCUGAGGCUCCUACAGUUGCUCGUACAAAUGCUGCUUCUGGCCUCAAGAGUGGGGUCAUGGUUGUUGUUGGGAUCUUGGCUGGGUUUCUUAUGAUGUGAGAUCUGAGUUUUUUUUUUUGUGAGAUAGCAACAAUUAUAUUACUUGGGAUAAAGAAAUGUUAGUCCAUAUAAGGCAAAAUCUUUGGAUUUUCCUUGUUUUUUUUUUUGUUUCAAUCUGGUUUCAGAUCAUGUAGUUUUCUAAUUGUUCGAUCUGCUCAUAUUAAUUAAAAUUUAUUCUUUAUUUGUUUUA